GAUCUCUUUUCUCCUUAUGCCUAUUCGAUUUUUUCCCAACAACCCUGAAAUUGUCUAGCGACAGCGACAAUUCCACUAGUUUUGAUUCUACGAAUUACAACUGCAGAUGUAAAAAGAGAAUUUUCAGCUUUGAGUUAUAUUAACAACAAGUUUCCAAGUCGAUUUGGCGACCAAUUUGCUAAUGCUAAUUUAGUGAGAUACAUUGAAAAAGACUUAUUUAAUAGUAUAGACGACGAAUGUUUUUGCGUUUCUUUCACAAUAUGAAAUCUCUCCGUGGUUGUUAAAAACAAUGAUUUUAUAGUCGGUUAUUUUUAAUCUAUGAAUGAAUUAUGCAUAUAUAAUUAAUUUUAAUUUUUUUUACUUAAUAAUUUUUAAUUAAAUAUUUAAAUAUUUAUAUGAUAAAAAGAUGUCAGAGUGGUUUGAAAUACUAACUCCGUCACUGACUUCACAUCACUACUAACAAUGGUGGAGUUAGAUUGAAGCUAUAGGGUAUAACUUUGAAAUAUAGGUAAAACUUAGGAACUAGAAUACUGGUAAGACUUGAGCCCCCUCACUUAGUUACCACAAUUCAAGUCAGCCCUUCUCGUUCAGAUUUAUGGCUUUGCCUCCCACUAACUACUAACCAUAUGUAGUGGCGAAGGUGGGGUUUAUAAUGAGAGCCGAUAACUCUAUCCUGCCAGUUAUAAAUGUUUGUUUCUCGUAUGAUGUACAGAUUAUAACAAAAAAUCCAAUAUUGAGAGAGAUUACAACCCAAUAUGAACUACAUGUAACUCCGCCAUUCAACAUAUGGAAUUUACUUGCAAUUUUUGUUUUGUGGGGUUAUAUAUCUCUUCAUUUUUGUUGCUGUCUGCAUAAUUGAUACGAUGAAGACAAGAUAAUGAAAUAUGCAUUCGUUGGUGAGUUAGUUUGUGUUGGAUACUUGGGUUUGGAUGUUGUUUGUAUGGGCUGGGGAGUGGUUUGAGUUUGUUUGGAGUAGAUAAGGCCACAAGGGAGGGAGAGAAAGAGGGAUCGAUUUGUGGAUGAGGCUUAUGACAUCUCUCCACCACAUAGAAUCGGCUAAGCGAAAAUCGCCCUUCAAAUAUAUAUCCACUCCAUAAACAAAUAAUUGUGGAAAUGGAAAUUUGUGGAAUUUUAUCUCUUUGGUUUUCUUUCAACUGAUUUUAUUUAUUCAUGAGAUCCAUGCAUGCAUGGCACCGUUUUAUUGCAACUACUCUUAUGAGUUUAGAGAUUUACAAGCAUGGCAAGAGCAAAAAGGAAAGUUUGAGAUAAGUUUAUGAGCCAACUAUCAAUAAUAUUGGAUAAGCCAUAUAUUCUACGAAAGGAUAAGAUAAAUUACAUCCUGAGUUUGAAUGUUGAGAUCAAUAAAAUAUUAAAAUAAUAUUUCAUAUUAAUUAGUGAUGUUUAAAACAAAUAUGAAAACGAGACUAACAAAAUUUGUAUAUGAUGGAUCAUGAAACUAACCAACUAGUCUAAGUUAAGUCAACCUUUGUAAGUGAUAUCUUAGAUAAUAUAUAAUAUAGAACAACUUCAAAAAUAUCAAGGUUCAAGAAAGCCCUAGGCGUAAGGCGAGAGAGUUGAGCCUCUGCCUUGCGCCUAGCAUGUUUUGGCAUCGCCUAGACAUGCCUAAGCGUUAGAUGUAAAUGCAGAAAAAUUAAAUAUUUCACACUUGCCUAGAAAUCACAAGGGUAUGUACCAAUAUCAUCGCAUCUAGCUCUCAUUUCUAAACUUUCAUCAACAACUCAUUGUAAAACAUAAAACAUAGUGUGGAGAAAUGAGUAAAAAAGAAGUAGUUGGGAAAGAGUGAAGAAGCACAAAAAAGAUAAACGAAGCUAGUCUAAAGAUCUCUAACUAUAUCCUAGCCUAAAUAUAGAAAAAUCAAGAUCGUCCUCCCUAGCAUCAUAUCAAAAGGUAGAAAAAGACAUCGUGACAUCAUCUUGAGGUGCAACUCAAUGCUUACUAUGCGUCACCAGGCCACAACGAGAUCGUGACCCUUCUCCGCCGCUUUUUACCAAUGCAAUGUGUUUUCCUUCUGACUUGCGUCUAUAUGCGAGCUUAGGAGAGUGCCUAGGUGAGCUUAGAAGAGUGCCUAACCGCACUUUUUUCGAACCAUGAUAAUAAAUAUACACACUGGUUUUAGUCAUUGCACGGUUCGAAAGUCUUCGUGAUGUUGAAAGAGUGGAAGACCAAAAGAUGAGUUAUUUAUCAAUCAAACGUUCUUCAUUUCAGUAGGGGAGGCUAAUCAGGAAAAAAAUGACUGCAGCUUCCUCCAAGCCAUGGGAAAAAGCAAGAAGAAGAAAAAAUAUAAUUUUCCAUUCAAUUUCCUCUGAAUGAAGGGGCGAUCAUAAUCUCCUACAAAAGAAAUUGUGAUCACAAAAUACAAAAAAAGUCUCCAAACAAUCACGACACACAUUUUUUUUAUAAGGGAUCAUGGCACAUAUUGGGAAGGAGAAUAGAUCAACUCUCUUAACUAACAACCUAACUAACCAAGAUGAAAGAAGAUAUAGUCAACUCUUCGAGGUCCAACACUAAUUUGUCCUUGUGAAGCAUAGUCUAUUAGAUUGACUCUCUUUUUUUAUUUGGAUUGUGAAGGUUGCCCCUUAACUAGAAUAUGUAUAACUGAUCUCAGUGCUUCUUUUGAAAAUUCACUCGUAACCUAAAUCAUUAAGCAAAAUACCAUUCAGUUUUUUGUAGAUUUUGUCAAGUAGAAUAUUGAGUUUGACAGUUAAUUGAGAUUCCAAACACGUCUUGAAAUAUAAUUUAUAGACGACGGUAUAUAUUUUGAAGACUCUAAUAAUGUCAUUUUUGUUUUUUAUAUUUGAUUAAUUCAUUCAUUCAACAAUCUUAACAUAUACUUUUCAUAUAUACAAAAAAAAAAAUCACUAAAUAAUGACGAUUCUCAAACUAGAACUCAGACAAUUUUCUGAUAGUACAAUCUGAAAAGACUAGUACUGCUACUUCUACAAUUUCAGCACGUUGUGCUUAACAACAACAUGAAUGCACUCAUGAGCUAUAUCUUUUUACCACAUGGCCAACCGCAACACAUGUUUUUUCCUCACCUUCUUACUUCCACAUGCAUAGUGUGGCCAUUCAUUCAUCCAAUCUAACAUUUUGAAAUUUCAGCACAUAAAACACGUGACUCAAUUCAAACAUGUGGUUGCAAAUUUCUUUCGACAGUCGAUGGUCCAUUUCUUUCACUUAAAGAGAGUGUGCAACAUCCAAGUAGAAUGCGUGUAGUACUAAACCCUUUUGCAUGUUCACUUCUGAUGACUGAAUAAAUGAGUGACAUGUUAGCCUUCGAAAUUAAACAUAGCUAUUAUAAGAUAAUAAAGCACAUGUAUUUCAAGCGGAAUAAUGGAAGUGGAGGAGGAUAAUUAAGAAGUGAACAAAGGAGAUAUAGGUUAAAGUUUGGAUACAUUCCACAAAUAGCUCGGCUAUAUUUGUUAUUACAAAAAUCGAGAAUUUGAAUAAGAUUAGUAAUGUUUAUGGUGGUUAAUAAUAGAGAAAUGAUAAAAAAAAAUUAUUAUUUGAUUCAUGAACUUCGUAUGGAUAGUUUUUUCUGCCAAACUAAGUAUCUUUUGACUAGCUACUCGCAUGAACAAUUAUUAUUUGACUUACGUAUCAUAAAUCAUACAAAUAUUUGAAUAUGGUUAUCAAACAUACAGAAAGUUUGGUGGAGUCACUAUCGUAUGAACCAAUAAUUUUUUAAUAAACAAAGGGGAAAAAACAGGGAAAGAAGGUAAUUGAGAUCGAGAUAAACGCGUGAAAUCAAUAAAGUGAGAUGGUAUGAUGAUACCCUCCGAAACAAAAGAGUAGACCACUACAUCGAUCGAUCGUUUUCACUUACGUGCCUCUUAAAAAGGUGAGUUGCAUGUGUUUUUGCUAAAACGGGAAACGUGUCCUAAUUGGUCUGCCUUACACAAUGUAAUUCACAUGUCAAAAAUCCCCACAAAAUAGUUUCAAGCAACAUAAAGGAUAAUAUUAUCGUUUUAUAUCGUACUAUAUACCACUACAUGGCUAUGGCUAUAUCGCACGUUCCAAAUUAAACGUGUGAGAAUUAUAUUGAACGUUUAAAACUUAGAAGCUCUAAGCCAUGCUGCUGACUAGCUAUCACCUCUCUAUAUAUACGUUGAAUCGAUCUCAACCCUUCAAUAAACCUUAUUACGUUGUAAAUGGCUUUGAUGGAACUGCUUCUGUUUCUGGAGUGCACGCAUGUGCAUGCAGUAGAAGUACAUGAAAUAUUAAUCUCAUGGCCGACCACCACGUGCUUUUUUUCCUGUCUUUUGGACUCUCUCACUUUCACGUGAAUGGUGAAAGACUGGACCUAACUUGUCAAGCGAAUUUCGACAUAUAAAACAUGUGACUGAAUUCAUCGACAUGGGGAGAACAGGAGAGGUUGGGAAUUUGGCUUCGUAAACUUCUCUUUUUUCCUAUAUAAGCCACUGGAAACAGCCCAACCAAUUGUGUGUUGGAUCUAUUCCCCAAAGCUCCUUUCUCUCCUCUCUUUUCCAGCUUAUAACAAGUGCUUUGAGAGGAAUUAUCAAAGAAAGUUACGUGAUUUGUACAUGCUGCAUGGACCAAAGCUCCUCCAUGCUCCAGUACCCUCCUUCAGCCGACUCAGGCGGCGGCGGUGGCGGCAUGUUCGCCGUGGAACUGCUCGACCCGCCAACGGCCAUGGUCAUGGUGGCACCCACUCCGGCCGGGAAGGCCUCAAGAGGGUGGUGGUGGUAAGCAGGCGGCGAGUAAUCCAUCUCCAUGGUGUCAGCAGAGACUUGGCUCGAGCUGCCCAUGUUCAUGCAAUGGGGGUGGUCCGACCCGAUUCCCGGCUGCUGCUGACCCGCCGGAAACCGCUGAUCGGCCUGCUUGAGGUGCUUCUGAAUCCUCGUACGCCAGUAGUUCUUGAUCUCGUUGUCCGUCCUUCCUGGCAGAUGCUUCGCUAUCUUCGACCACCUGAUCACGAUCCAUGCAUGUAUAUUUACGUUUGAUUAAUAAUAAAGUUAUUAUACGGUAUGGUGAUAAUGAUAAAUUAUAAUGAAGAAGAGAAAGGUGGUGGGAAAUGGAGUGGUUCUAAUUUGCAUGUUCUGUGGGCAGAAAUGGAUGACUAUAAUUUGUUGGAAGAAGUACACAGACAGUUGCAUAUUCUAAUGUCGUCCAACUUUGAAUGCCAUAAUAAAUAACGAUCGAGAAGAGAAGUAGAAUAAAAGAAUAGUCGGCAAUUAAGCAGCCCUGUUACAUGCAUGCACAUGAAGAAAGUUGAACAGAGAUCUCUGCCUGCCGCCGGCAACCAGCUAGCUCGUCGUCCGACGAGAGACAAUCGAAAACCGACUUAAUUAAAACCGAACUCCAUGAUGACAGAGAAAGGAUUAAAAGUCGGCAUCAAAGGGCCAAAAGCCGAAAACCUAACUCCGUGCUGGUUUUUCACUAAAAAAGGAAACUUAACAUGUGCCCUAAUCUCCAUGGAAACAACCAAAGCUUUUAUCAUCAUUAUCUUCCGUCGUCUCCUCCACUCAUCAUGAUUACAAACUUCUCAUCAUAUGUUGUACUAAUAAUCAUGAUAAUUAUAUAAUGACAAUAACAGCACCAAAAGACA